UCUCUUCUCUCUUCUCUCUCUCUAUCAGUCUGUCACUAUAGAUCAAUUCUUUUCUUCUCUAUGAUGUGAUUCUCCACCAUAUCUGCAACCUCUUACCUAAAAAAAACACACAAUUAAAAGAUGGUUUUCUCAUCUCUUCCACUUAAUCAGUUUGAUUCACACAACUGGCAGCAGCAAGGAAGCCAACAGCAGCUUGACAGUGUCACAACUGACCACAAUCCUAGUAAUUAUUUAAGGCAGCUCUCAUCACCACCGGCUUCACAGGCUGGCUCGAGCCAAGCUAGAGUGAAUUCAAUGGUGGAACGUGCUCGAAUCGCGAAAAUCCCAUUGCCUGAAGCAGCUCUAAACUGCCCUAGAUGUGACUCUACCAAUACAAAGUUCUGUUACUUUAACAACUAUAGCCUUACUCAGCCUCGCCAUUUCUGCAAAACAUGUCGCCGCUAUUGGACACGUGGCGGUGCCCUGAGGAACGUUCCUGUUGGAGGAGGCUUUAGGAGGAACAAGAGAAGCAAAUCCAACGGCGGGAGAUCAAAAUCUACAGUCUUGGUCUCGGCUGAUAACAAUACUACUACUUCAUCUCUUACUUCUCACCCAAGUUACUCAAACCCUAGCAAGUUUCUUAGUUACAGCCAAAGCCAAGGUUUUACUUCCAGCUUACCCAUAUUGCCUCCUCUCCAAAGCCUUGGAGACUACAAUUCAAGCAACAAUGGGUUAGAUUUUGGCGGAAUUCAAAUAGGCAACGUGAUAAGUGGGGUGAGUUCUAGUGCUCGGAUCUUGGAUCCAUGGAGAGUACCUUCAUCGCAACAAGCUCAACAAUUCCCUUUCUUGAUCAAUACUACCGGGUUGGUACAAUCUUCAAAUGCCGUGUAUCCGUUACUAGAAGGUAAUGAAGCUGUUAGCCAAGCCGAUCCACAACAAAAGAGCAGUGAUUAUUCCAAUCAGCUAAUGACGGAUUUGGCUUCAGGUGGGGAUGGCGCCGCGCAAACUAGAAAUGUGAAGGCAGAAGAGAAUGAUCAGGAUCAGGGUAGGGAUGUGGACGGUCAGAAUAACUUAUCGAGGAACUUUUUGGGGAAUAUUAACAUAAACUCAUCCGGGAACGAUGAGUACACAUCAUGGGGCGGUAACACUUCUUGGACUGGUUUCACGUCUAACAACGCAACAGGCCAUCUCUCAUUCUAAGUACUUCUUGGACUAGCUAUUCUUGAUGAUUUUUUUGUUGGUUGGGUUAUAUUUAUAUAUAUGGGAGUUUAUUACUACUGAUCGGAGAGAUCAAACCAUGCAGCUAUAUGCCUAUAUCCGAAGGCUAAUUUUGGGGCUCGAAGGAAAGGGUAUGGUUAUGAAUUAAAACUAUCUUUUUAAUCUUUUUAAAGAUCUUCAAAGUGUGAGUGUGAGUAUAUGUUAAUUGGUUAAGCGCUUCUGGUGAUAUAUGUUUAAUCAGAAUAUGGUGUUAUUGGCUUUAUAUAGAGGUGUGGGUGAUGUAUGAAUUCAAGAGUUGAUGAUGAUGGAAACUUUUUUGUGUGUUCA